AUUGAGUUAAAACUUGGCCCAAAACUUCAAUUCCCAGCUACACGGAGCUGUGCAACGAAAAAGGCGCGUCGUUGAGAAAUUAGUUUUUGUUUGGACGAGUUUUACUGGAACAUGUUGGGGCAAGUACCUGCACGAAACUAAGACAUUUUUUUGUUUUUACCUUCCCAGAAAAUCGAAGCUACUAGCGCUCUAUACUGUUGGGUAGCUUAUAGGCUAGCUAUUUGAGUCUGUUUGUAUAAGCCACCAGAAUGUUCCUUCUUAAACGUGUUUUGUUCAUUGGAGGCAUUAUUGUCCCCCAUAGCACCUCCCUCUCUGUCAGCCACUUUUCUGCUUGUCAUUGUGUAGCAGCUCCCAAAAGAAACAGUCCAUACAGCUCAGUGGACAGUGAGCGCUACUCUUCUCUAGUUAAAACCGUCAUGUCCUCCAGGGUCAGCUCACAAAUCCCCGAGACCCUCCUAGAGGAGGACGAGCACGUUUAUGGACCUGUUGUCAAAGCUCACCUGCCAUCACAAACCGAGAUGAGGGUACCUAAAACCCUACAUCCUUUCUUGAACUCUGAACGGACUUUAGAAACCGAGGAGCCAGAAUCAGGACCUCCAACACGGAUUUUGUUCAAUCGGGGACAGGGGAGAUCUGCACCGAGUGUAACGCGCGUUCUUCAGCAGACUCUUUCUCCAGAGCAAAUCUUCUACUUGGAGAGAUGGAAGAGGAGGAUGGUUUCAGAGCUUGGAGAGGAAGGCUUUAAAGAAUAUAGUCAAAAUGUGUUCAGACAAGGCAAGCUUUUCCAUUCAGCUCUAGAGGACAUUUUGACAUCAUGUUCAUCAUGGGAGAACAGAAAUACCUCAGAGACACCACAGUAUGCACCUGAAGUGCAAGGGUACAUGGAGAGCAUCGCUCACAUACUGGAGGAUGUCCGUGCAGUGAGGGCCAUUGAAAGCACUGUGCAACAUGGCAUCCUAAACUACUUGGGAAUUGUUGAUUGUGUUGCUCGAUACAGGGGUGUACUCUGUGUUAUUGACUGGAAGACUUCAGAAAAACCCAAACCAUUCUUGAGCAACACAUAUGACAACCCUAUUCAAGUGGCAGCUUAUGCUGGGGCUUUAAACAAUGAUGAAAACUACAAAUACCAGGUUGAAAAUGGACUCAUUGUUGUUGCCUACAAGGAUGGCUCACCAGCCCACGCUCACCAGCUCAACUCAGAGCUGAUGUCAGAGUACUGGAAAACCUGGCUUUUGCGUCUUGAGAACUUCACAGAACAAAGAUCCAGUCAUAAAUCAAGCACUUCUUCGGAAAAGAGAUGAGAUGCCUGAAGAGCUGCAAAGACAUUAAACCCUGAUUAUUUUCACUCAAGGCUACUAAAGCAAAGACUUUUUUUUUUUCUUUUUUAACCCAGUUUUCUGCUUUUCUCUCUAUAUUUGGCUCUCUUAUUUGCUACAAAACGAAGGAACUCGCACUCUGACAAAAACUACUUUAGGAACCUCUGCAGUAGAUUUGAGAACUUUUAUUUUGCACUCUAUUGAAGGAUUUAAAAAUCAUUGAAACCAAACCAUGUUUCCCUGUGUGAGGGGUCUUCAGUGAAGCCCAUGCUUUUAAAUAGUUGAUUGGAGACCCUGUUCUCUACCUCUAUGAAGCAGUACACUGGGUACCCUUGAGCCUGGAGUCUCUUGGCCAUGCUGCUGAUCAGGACUUUGGCAUAGCCUUUCCCUCUGUGCUCUGGCAGAGUGUACAGCAUUCCCACGGCACAGGAAGCAUAAGUCAGGAUCCAGGACACCGGCUUUCCUUCAGCAUCCAGCACACAGCAGGAGGGGAAGUUUGUAAUCAUGUUGCGGAUCAUUCCAGUAGCCUCCUGGUUCUUUGCAAACUUCCAUGUCUGAUUCACCAAGCCAAGGUGUGUUUCAUUCAGGGAGCUCAGUGAGAUCCCUGAACUGAUGGAGAACAGAGGAAAUGUUUUAUCAAAGCAGGAGCCUAUUUUAUUAAAAAGAUAUGACCUCAGUAAUCAGUAUAAUUUACUAGAUCCUAUAAUUAAUGUGUAAUUGUUUUUACCAGUCUAUGGAGGGAAGCUUGGAUACAUCCUCCAGUAUCAUCAUAUGACAUACUGCCAGUUUGGUGACGGGCACAUUCUUUUCUGCAGCGACUGCUUUGACUAUUUCCAUGUGGGGAAGACUGGUCCCUUGAACACAGGGAAUCAAAACUCGAUCAUGUGAAACUUAAUGUGCAUCCAUAUUUCUUUCUAUUGCUUAUCAAAUCCUAGAUAAUCAAAAUAAUUUUAUGCCAUCUGUAAAAAGUGGAACAUUCUUCCAUAUAUGUUAAUAAAAAUGUUUUUUAGAAGGCUGACAAAAAAAAUGAAAACUAAAUAUUAGUCACUUUCAAUUUUUUUUUUAAAAGAAAUUCUGUCUGCUACAUAAUAGUACUGAUUUUCUCCUCGUAAUCCUGUGUUGUAGGAGGAUGUGACGCGCACAUGUAUCGUCUUACUACCAAGAAAUCAGAACAACGGGGGGACUUUGAACCCACAGUCAAAGCCUAAUGCUAACCUAAAGAUGUGAGCACAAAUCAGGUGCCAGAAUUUAAAGUGUGUUAUUGUAUCUAGUGAUGGUGUGAGCAACAUAAAAAUGGUGAAAUUA